AUGAAGCCGCCGGCGACGGCGACGGAGACCGCCUCCGCCGCGACGGAGUCCCAGAAGGACGGCGGCGGCGGCUUGCUCCGGCCGUCGUGGAUGUGCUACAUGGUCGUUUUGUCCACCGUGUUCUGGUUCUUGGUCGUCUCCCUCCACUCCGGCGUGGAGGGGGGCCUGUCGUCGGCUCUGUUCAAGCCGUCGGGGCCGUCGCUCCCGCUGCUGGACCGCUUCACGUUCGAGGACCAGAAUCCGGCGCCGGAGCCGGUGGUGCCGGCGGAUCCAUGCGCCGGGAGGUACAUCUACAUGUACGACAUGCCGGCGCGGUUCAACGAGGAGCUCCUCCGCGACUGCUACGCGCUCCGGCCGUGGAUGGGGGGGAUGUGCCGGUACGUGGUGAACGGCGGGAUGGGGGAGCCGCUGGGCGACGAGGGGGGCGUCUUCUCCGAGCGCGGCUGGUUCGCCACCGACCAGUUCUUGCUCGACAUCAUCUUCCACGGCCGGAUGAAGCGGUACGGAUGCCUGACCAACGACUCCGCCGCCGCCGCCGCCGUGUUCGUCCCGUUCUACGGCAGCUGCGACCUCGGGAGGUACAUCUUCCACCGGAACGCCUCGGUCAAGGACGCCCUGGCCGAGGACCUCGUCGGGUGGCUGACGCGGCGGCCCGAGUGGCGCGCCAUGGGCGGCCGUGACCACUUCUUCGUCCCCGGCCGCACCACCUGGGACUUCCGGCGGCGGCACGACGACGCCUGGGAGUGGGGCAGCAAGCUGCUCAACUACCCCGCCGUCCAGAACAUGACGGCGAUCCUCGUCGAGUCCAGCCCGUACAGCCGGAACAACUUCGCCGUCCCCUACCCGACCUACUUCCACCCGGCGACCGCCGCCGAUGUGGCCGCGUGGCAGGACAGGGUGCGCGCGGCGGAGCGGCCGUGGCUCUUCUCCUUCGCCGGCGGGCCGCGCCAGGGCAACGGCACCAUCCGCGCCGACAUCAUCCGGCAGUGCCGCGCGUCGCUCCUCUGCAACCUCUUCCACUGCCACGGCGCCGCGGCGGCGGGCUGCAACUCCCCCGGCGCCGUCAUGCGCGUCUUCGAGAGCUCCCACUUCUGCCUCCAGCCGCGCGGCGACACCAUGACGCGGCGCUCCACCUUCGACACCAUCCUCGCCGGCUGCAUCCCGGUGUUCUUCCACCCGGGCUCCGCCUACGACCAGUACACGCUCCACCUCCCGCCGGAGCACGGCAGCUACUCGGUGCUCGUCCUCCACUCCGACGUCGCCGGCCCCCGGAACGUGAGCAUCGAGGAGACGCUCCGCGCGAUCCCGCCGGAGAAGGUGAGGAGCAUGCGGGAGGAGGUGAUCCGGCUCAUCCCCACCGUCGUGUACGCCGACACCAGGUCCAGCCGCGUCGACUUCCGGGACGCGUUCGACGUCGCCGUCGACGCCGUCCUCGACCGGGUGGCCAGGCGGCAGCGCGGCGAGCCCGACGCCGGCAAGUGACAUCACCCACACAGGUAAUAGUGUACCAUUCGAUUCGAUUAGGCCAUUGGA